AUGACAGACCAGGGCGAAAAGAAGGGUCUUUGGAGCAUACUCCGAAGGGCAAGCACUAGGAGACACUCCGCCAAACCUCCACCCAAGGAUCUCGAACCUAGAGAAUACCAUCGCCCCCGCCGAGCUAGUAACGGCGACGCUGGCAAUGCGCCCUUUCGCCGAAGCAUUGGCUCUGCUCCCGAUCUUACCUACGACAGUAACCGCCCCACGAGCGCAGAAGAUGACUCUCCCAGCAUGCGCCGCAGGGCGAAAAGAGGACAGCCUGAUCCCGAACCUGAGCCCCGGUCUUCUCCAAUAAGAUCGAAAUCCUCUGGCUUCUUGAACAAAGGUCGCUUAUCAAACGGAAGGCGCCCAGUUCGCGCUCGAGAACCUACGUUAUGGCCGCCUUUGGGUGUUUCUGUCGACGAUGAGCUACCCCCUCAGCAAGCCCUUGAGCUUGUCGCCCGUGGUGCUCCCGCGCAUAAAGGACACAAACGUCCCAUACCGCACCAACCUGAAGAAUUCUACUCCCUCCAUACGACUUCCAGCGGCAACCGAGCUGAUGGCAAGACUUCUGAUCUUACUGAUGUUGCCAAUCUUCACGACUCCAUGACCCAGCUCAUGACCUUGCGCUUAAUAGGGCCCGGGUACGCAGACCGUUCAUGGGAGACUCUCGAGAGACCCAGCUACGCUUUCUACUUUGGCCAUCUUCCGGGGACAAUCACGCUCAACGAAUGGGCAUCCCAGUCCAGUGUCCUUCCGCCCACAAUUGCCACCCGUGAUGCUGGUGUUAUGCCUCGGACAAUGAGUCUCGAGAGCAUAUUCGACCGCUUGCAAGAGCUGCGACAUGGUAUUGAGGACGAUGAUGAGUCUCUGCUGUAUCGUGUUCUUUAUAAACGUAUUCUAAGGGACCCCGACAAGUUCCUCAAUCCUCACCGAACCUUGGACAAGCAAAUUACCGAUCUUAUUCUUGUCCUCUCGCGCCCCGAUUGGAUCGACUUUAGCAACCCGCGCAACCAGGUUGCUACCCGAUUUAUUUUUGACAAAAGUCCUGCGAACCAGGAACAAUUCCACAAGUUCUUCCACCAGCUUCUCCUCAGUCUUGAGCUUGAGUUGCGCAUACAGUCCGACCAGCACAGUGACUGGGCGAAGGAAAAGUUGACCUCGCAAAUACCCCCAUCAAUACAGUGGAAUUUGGCCCUGGCCCGUCGCUGGCAGGACUUUGUUCGCGUUGAUGAUGUUGGCAAGACGCCCGAGGAAAUUCUCCUUCGGUAUAAGUUGAAGAAGCGUCAAAUCAGGAUGCUGAGGCGUUUUGCUCAGAUGAUGAGAUGGCCCAACCUGACCGAUACCCUUGAUAAUAUGAAACAGAAGGAUUCGGAAUUGGCCUUGGACGAGGUCAGCUCUGAUGCAUUUGCCUUCUUUAGCGGCCUCGUGCUGCCUGGUCAAACGUUUCCCUUUUUGAUAAUGAACACCCUUUUGGAUCUCGACCCCGAUGGUGCAACUGACAACCUUGCGCUUCUGUCUCAUAUGCAUCCUCACUGUGGUUUCCAGUACAAGAACAGCUACACAUAUUGGUCGGCCUGUUCGAUCGUUGGAAAAGUCUUAGCACCUACAUGCCACGCAGUUGCUGGCUGGAUUGGCCCGGCGCGUCCUACCACGGAUCUUGAUCCAACUCAGAUCGCACGAAUUCGAACCCGGAAACCCAAACAGCGAAUGAGUCCCCAGGAUGUCGAAUCUAUGGGAGAGCGAUCUGACCCGCUUGGUCCUGCGGCUGAAAGCUACCCAGUAGACGAUUAUCAGCCGGUGCGCCCGAAAGGUCCAGAAGAUGCUACUGAUACGGUACGGAUAGAACUGUUAAGUCUCAAGACAGCGGAUCGACCUGAGGACGCAUCUAUCAGCUCGGGGCUAUCAAAGUUGUUUGAUGCAACAAUACAGUUCGCCAUCGACGGAGUGUCAUGGCCACUGCGACUCAUGUAUGAUGUAUCGUUCUUGGCCGCAUGGCCGUGUUCUGAUGGUCCGCACCCGCUCUUUUUUGACUACAUCUACACGUCAAUUCGCGUAGACUCCAUCGUUGGAGUACGAGACUGGGGAGGUCUUUACGGGGGUCCGCAAUUGCAUAGUGUGCGAUCAAGUCCUGGGCCAGAUACGAUGCGAGGACCAUACCAGGACAUGUUCAGCAAGAGCUUCAACCACAGCCGCGCUCCAUUGAAUGGUUUCCUUCACACUGGGGCACCCGAAGAAGACGAAAAUGACGACGAGAAGGUUCUCGUGGUAGAGGCAUUCGGCGUACGCGACAACGAAGUUCUGGCACGAGCUUGGUGCUCACACUGGGGUCUCAAUGCCGUGGUGGCGGAUAUUCGCAGAACUUGUAUGGCAUGUGCCAUUCGCGAAGCGUAUGCGGCAACGCUGACAGUGGUGAUCCUGGUAGAAGGCCAGGAGUAUCCCAAUAAUGAAUGA